GCAGCCGACCAGUCUGCGUUACCGGCUUGAGGUGUACUUCUGAAUUUGUCGGUGUCGGAAUCAUACACAAUUUUAAUUUGAUUGAUUACAGUAAUUCGUCGUUAUACCGGCUUUUAAUUAAGUAUGGUUUUCUGUUUGUUUUUUAUUGUUUACUAAUGUAGUAUGAGUGUUUGACGCAAGCGGGGUAUUUUAUAUUAAUAUUAAACAGUACCUGCCUAUUGUAAUUGAAGUAGGUAAAUAAUUUGAAAUGUCAAAAUCAAGUGCUUUUUAUACUUUAUAGCGAAAUAUAUCAGAAAAAUUGCAUUUUCAAAAUAAAAUAUUUGAAGAACCGGAUAAAAUGGAAGAGUGGUUGAAAAUAACACUAUGUGUAAGUUUGUUUGCAACUUUUCGGGACUUUCGACCAGUGGAUUCAUUUUAUACAUCAUAUUUAACCAGUCCAGCCGUAAAUUUUACUGCUGAGCAAGUGACCGAAGAUAUUUAUCCAUUAAAUUCGUAUGCAACUACGAGUCUAAUAAUUAUUAUGUUUCUUGUCACUGACUUUGUUCUUUAUAAACCAAUUGUGAUGCUGGACGCUUUAAGUUCAAUAGUGAUGUUUUUGUUAGUUUUGGAACCUGCAACUCUCUUAAAAACAAAACUAAGUAUGGUAUUUUUGGGUCUGACGUCUGCAUCCGAACUAGCAUACAUGUCAUACGCGUAUGCAAAGAUCCGUGACCGUAAAUUAUACCAAAAAAUGACUGGAAUUGUAAGAGGCUCACAUCUUUUGGGAAAGUGUUUAUCGUCCACAUUUGCUCAAAUUGCAGUUUCAGUUUUACACUUUGAAUAUGGGUUACUUGUGUAUAUUUCACUAGCGGGUUCCAUCGUAGCCUUUGCUAUUUCAUUUUUUUUUCCUCCUGUAAAUGUAAGUAUUUAUUUUCAUCCCGAAAGUCCUAAAACUGCCAAGCCAAAAGUCAACUACAGUACAUUUCAUAAUCAAUGUCAUAAAGACCUUGGACCGUGUUUGGUUGAAAAAUCUCCAAAGCCUGUUCGAGUAGUAUUUGAUCAGCUGUACUCAGAAUUGAGGGACGCGUACACCAAUCCGUAUCUGCUCAAAUACGGUAUAUGGUUUGCCUUCGCAACCGGAGUCUAUUUCCAGGUGUUGACUUACAAUGACGUUCUUUACUUGAAAUUGAACGAACGCAAUCCGGUGAAUAACAAGUUGUACAACGGCGGAGUUGACGCUUUGGCUUUCAUAACUGGUGCAUUGUCUUCAUACAUCAUAGGGUUUCUAAAGGUUGAUUGGGAAUCCACAAGUGAUUUAUUCUUCUUUGUCGGCUCAAUUUUGAGCUGCAUAACGCUGUGUGUCUGCUAUAUGACAACAUCAUUAAAUUUGGUAUACAUAAUGUACAUCAUGUUCUGUUUCGUAUUCCAAUCGAUGAAUGUUGUGGCCAGGUCUGAAACAGCUAAACAUUUGAAGCAUGACAGUUUUGCUUUCAUUUUUGGUUUCGUAUUUUUUAUUUCAUUAGUUGUGUCAAGUGUCUUUACAUAUUUAUUUGUUCAAGGUACUAUUAUUGCGAUUCCAGUAAACGUACAGUUUCUAAUCUAUGGAUUGAUUGAAGGCGGACUUGCUAUUUGGUUCUUUUUCAAAUGUGUAAAAAAAAAAUGUACAGUUAAAUAAUUAUACAAUUGUAAAUAUUUAAAAUUUUUUUUUCACUUUUUAUCAAUAUAAAAAUGUUGUUCAAUUGAAUAUAUAAUAUAAUACAAUGAUAACAAUAAUAAUAUG